AUGAGCUGCUACGUCUGGGUUAGAAUAUGGACUGUCCUUUCAGAUCAUUUCAUUUUUGCUGGCAGCCAUGCUGAUGAGAAAAUUGCUAUGUAUGCCAUAGAUUCUUUGAGGCAGCUUGGUAUGAAGUAUUUGGAGCGUGCUGAAUUGACCAAUUUUACUUUUCAAAACGAUAUUCUUAAACCUUUUGUCGUUCUCAUGCGGAAUAGUCGAAGUGGAACUAUAAGGAGCCUUAUUGUUGACUGCAUUGUUCAGAUGACAAAAUCAAAGGUUGGAAGCAUAAAAUCUGGAUGGCGAAGUGUUUUCAUGAUUUUGACUGCUGCUGCAGAUGAUGAUUUGGAAACAACUGUUGAAAGUGCAUUUGAGAACCUGGAACAGGUUAUACUGGAACACUUUGAUCAAGUUGUCGGAGAUUGUUUUAUGGACUGUGUCAACUGUCUUAUUAGGUUUGCCAACAAUAAAACUUCCCAUCGUAUAAGUUUGAAGGCUGUGGCCCUUCUCCGGAUUUGUGAAGAUCGUCUAGCAGAGGGACGUAUACCUGGUGGGGCUCUUAAACCAAUUAAUGAUGACGCUGACACAACAUUGGAUGUAACUGAGCAUUAUUGGUUCCCAAUGCUGGCUGGUUUGUCUGACCUGACAUCAGAUUCAAGACCAGAGGUUAGGAGUUGUGCAAUUGAAGUUUUGUUUGAUUUGCUGAAUGAAAGAGGUAGCAAGUUCUCAACAUCAUUUUGGGAGAGCAUUUUCCAUCGUGUUUUGUUUCCCAUGUUUGAUCAUGUGAGACAUGCUGGAAAGGAGAGCUUAAUUUCUUCCGGGGAUGUAUUGUUUCGUGAAAGCAGCAUUCAUUCUCUUCAGUUGCUGUGCAACCUUUUCAACACUUUUUACAAGGAGGUGUGCUUUAUGCUGCCACAACUCUUGAGUUUGCUGUUGGACUGUGCUAAAAAGUCAGAUCAGACUGUUGUUUCAAUUUCUCUUGGGGCGUUGGUCCAUCUCAUAGAUGUUAGAGGACACCAGUUCAGUGAGAGUGAUUGGGAUAUGUUGUUGAAGAGCAUAAGAGAUGCAUUGUACACAACACAACCGCUUGAGCUAUUCAAUGCAUUAGGACUAGAGAACCCAAUGAACUCCUCGAUUAUAAGAGAUUUAAAGGUUCAUACAGAUGGUGAAAUUUAUCAGUUUGGUUCAAAUGAUAAUGGGAAGAUUUCACCACAUGCAUCCCCAAGCAGCACAAGGAAUACUAAUGCAUCUGUUUCACAAGAGCACAAUCAAGAAUUACAAUAUAUUCCAGAUGGAUUUGAAGGUGUACCCUCAUCAUCAGGUAGAGGUCAGAUGUCUGUUGAAGCUGGGAGUCUCCAACGAAGUCAAACGAUAGGUCAAAGAAUCAUGGGAAAUAUGAUGGAUAAUAUAUUUGUUAGAAGUUUUACCUCAAAACCAGAGAGUCCUACUGCAGGGACUCCAGUUCCAUCUUCACCACUAAAGCUGCCCGAGUCUUUUGAGACCGAAGCUAAAGAUGAGGAGGAAAGUCCACUGAUGGCAACUGUUAGGGGCAAAUGCAUCACUCAGUUAUUACUUCUUGGUGCUGUUGAUAGCAUUCAGGAAAAAAACUGGGAUAAUUUGAAAGUAGCUCAGAAGAUUGCUGUAAUGGACAUUGUCCUACCCUUACUCGAGUUUGUGGCAUCAUAUAAUUCAUACUCUAACCUCAGAACACGUAUGCACCACAUUCCUGCAGAAAGGCCCCCUCUAAAUCUUCUUCGUCAGGAGUUAGCAGGAACUUGCGUUUAUCUGGAUGUCUUGCAAAAAGUAACAUCAGGACUCGAUAGCAAUAAUGGACAACGUCCAGAAUCUAAUGGGACUCGUGACACUGAAGAAAGGAAACUGGAAGGAAUAGCAGAAGAGAGGCUGGUGUCUUUCUGUGAACAGGUACUCAGGGAUGCAACUGACCUCCAGUCUACAAUAGGGGAUACUAGCAAUGUGGGCAUUCAUAGAGUUCUGGAGUUGCGGUCUCCAAUCAUCAUUAAGGUGCUUCGAGGCAUGUGCUACAUGAAUGGUAAGAUUUUCAUGAGACACCUCAGGGAUUUCUAUCCUCUGCUCACUAAACUGGUUUGCUGCGAUCAGAUGGGUGUUCGCGGAGCUCUUGGUGAUCUCUUCAGGAUACAGUUGAAAGCUUUGUUGCCAUGAAAGAGUUAUAAUGUCUAU